AUGGGGCGCGUCGAUGGGGCGACGGUGAUAAGCGAUGUCGGAAGUGCGGGUACCAGGCGGAAACCUUGCCCCACGUGUUAUGUCACUGUGGCCCACAUUCGACCGCUCGGCAAUUGCGGCACAACGCCAUUGUCGAGAGGCUUGCCGCGGCCUCCAGGCUCCGGGGGGGGGGGGGUCAGAACUAACCAAUGCGUUCCGGGCGUCGACGGAGACCUCGCGGCUCUGCGGCCUGACUUAGUCAUCACGCACGAGCCGUCGAGAAUCGUCGUCAUAAUAGACGUGACCCUAGCUUUUGAAAAUAAAUUUGCAGCGAUCGAAAAAGCGAGGCUGGAGAAAGUCCAAAAAUACCAGCCUCUCGCGGACGCGUUAGCGAGAUCCGGUCACGUCGUCCAUGUUGACGGCUUCGUCGUAGGCGCCCUGGAACGCAUUAAGAUUAUCGACAGAAAUCGUCAAGAAAAUUCCAUGUAAGUUGACAUAUGAAAACUGGAAUUUUAUGACUUCUUUAGUUCUAUGACCGAAUUCUAUUGGGAAGUCAAAACAAAAUGUUACUGAUUUUAAGAUAUGCAAUUAAUUAUUUACAUUAUUACAUUUGAAAAAAAUUUGUUAAUUUAUUAUAAAUUUGUUUUACUUUUAUAGGCAUUUAUACUAA